AGAAAGAAAGAAAAGAAAAGAAAAAGGCUGAUUUAAAAAUUUUUUUCCGUCGCUCUCGGGAUCGCUCUUCUGCCUUUAUUUUAUUGUUUUGGACAUUUUUGAGCGCCGUGGCUUGGACGGUGCUUUUUGUCUCCCUGCUGGGUUUUAAUAUAUGUUUUUCCUCCUUCAUCCCUCUCUGGCCACUAUGGAAUUCUAAUUUGAACCAUGUUUGGAUUGAAGCCGCCUCUGUAUUACUUACCAGGCAUGAGCCAUGAGCCCAAGUCCCCUUCACUAGGGAUGCUUUCCACCGCGACCAGGACCACCGCCACCGUCAACCCCCUCACCCCCUCGCCGCUCAAUGGCGCCUUGGUGCCCAGCGGCAGCCCUGCCACCAGCAGCGCGCUGUCGGCUCAGGCCGCUCCGUCCUCCAGUUUUGCCGCCGCGCUGCGCAAGCUCGCCAAACAGGCGGAGGAGCCCAGAGGGUCCUCACUGAGCAGCGAGUCGUCUCCUGUGUCCUCUCCAGCCACCAACCACAGUUCCCCUGCCAGCACGCCCAAGCGGGUGCCCAUGGGCCCCAUCAUUGUGCCUCCUGGGGGCCACAGCGUACCCAGCACGCCCCCCGUGGUGACCAUCGCCCCAACCAAGACUGUCAAUGGUGUCUGGAGGAGCGAGAGCCGGCAGGACGCCAGCUCAAGGGGCAGCAGCAGUGGUCGGGAACGCCUCAUCGUGGAGCCCCCACUGCCCCAGGAGAAGGCAGGAGCCCCAGCCAUUCCCUCCCACCUGCUCAGCACCCCCUAUCCCUUCGGCAUCUCUCCCAGCUCAGUGGUGCAGGAUUCCCGCUUCCCACCACUCAACCUCCAGCGGCCGGUGCACCAUGUGGUGCCCCCCAGUACAGUGACUGAGGACUACCUGAGAAGCUUCCGGCCCUACCACACCACUGAGGACCUCCGCAUGUCCUCCCUGCCCCCCCUUGGCCUGGACCCAGCCACCGCUGCUGCCUACUACCACCCCAGCUACCUGGCCCCACACCCCUUCCCCCACCCUGCCUUCAGAAUGGAUGACUCCUACUGCCUGUCGGCACUGCGGUCCCCGUUCUACCCAAUCCCUACCCCUGGCUCCCUGCCCCCGCUGCACCCAUCAGCUAUGCACCUCCACCUCUCCGGGGUUCGCUACCCCCCCGAGCUCUCCCAUUCAUCCCUGGCGGCGCUACACUCUGAGCGGAUGUCCAGCCUCAGUGCAGAGAGGCUGCAGAUGGAUGAGGAGCUGAGGCGGGAGAGGGAGCGUGAGCGUGAACGGGAGGCCGACCGAGAGCGGGAGAAGGAGCGUGAGCGGGAAAAGGAACGUGAGCGGGAGAAGGAACUGGAACGGGAGCGGGAGAAGGAGCGGGAGCUGGAGCGCCAGCGGGAACAGCGGGCCCGGGAGAAGGAGCUGCUGGCUGCCAAGGCACUGGAGCCUACCUUCCUGCCUGUGGCUGAGCUGCAUGGGCUGCGUGGCCACACCACUGAGGAGCGGGUCAAGCCCUCGGAGCAGCUGACCCCAACCCGAGCAGAGAAGCUGAAGGAUACAGGCCUGCAGGCACCCAAGCCUGUGCCGCACCCCCUGCACCCAGUGCCGGCCCCGCACCACACCGUGCCCAGCCUCAUCUCCAGCCAUGGCCUCUUCUCUCUGCCAGGCAGCAGUACCGCCACGGCCCUGCUGAUCCAGCGCACCAAUGAGGAGGAGAAGUGGCUGGCACGGCAGCGGCGGCUGCGGCAGGAGAAGGAGGACCGGCAAUCACAGGUGUCAGAGUUCCGGCAGCAGGUGCUGGAGCAGCACCUGGACAUGGGCCGGCCCCCAGUGACAACGGAGGCGGAGCACAGGCCUGACAGCACCAGGCCGGGACCAAACCGCCAUGAGCCAGGCAACCGUGACCCCCCGCAGCACUUUGGCGGGCCACCACCACUCAUCUCGCCCAAGCCCCAGCACCACACAGUGCCCACAGCCCUCUGGAACCCGGUGUCCCUGAUGGACAACACCCUGGAGACACGGCGGGCUGAGAGCCACCCUCUGCACAGCCACCCAGCCGCAUUUGAGCCCAGCCGCCAGGCUGCUGUGCCGCUAGUGAAGGUGGAGCGGGUCUACUGCCCUGAGAAGGCAGAGGAGAAUCCCCGGAAGCGUGAGGCCGCCCCCCUGGACAAGUACCAGCCACCACCGCCACGGGAGGCUGGAAACCUGGAGCACCAGGCCUUCCCCCAUGGGCCUGGGCCCUUCCUUGCCGAGCUGGAGAAGUCCACCCAGACUAUCCUGGGCCAGCAACGGGCCUCUCUUCCACAGGCAGCCCCCUUUGGGGAGCUCAGCGGGUCCCUGAAGCCCGGCUCACCCUACCGGCAUCCAGCAACACGGGGCCCCGACCCUGCCUACAUUUACGAUGAGCUCCUGCAGCAGCGCCGGCGACUGGUCAGCAAGCUGGACCUGGAGGAGCGCAGGCGGCGAGAGGCCCAGGAGAAAGGAUACUACUAUGACCUUGAUGACUCUUAUGAUGAGAGCGAUGAGGAAGAGGUCAGGGCUCACCUCCGUUGCGUAGCCGAGCAACCACCUCUCAAACUGGACACGUCCUCCGAGAAGCUAGAGUUUUUGCAACUUUUUGGCUUGACCACCCAACAGCAGAAGGAGGAAUUGGUGGCCCAGAAGCGGAGGAAGAGGAGGCGGAUGCUGAGAGAAAGAAGCCCAUCUCCCCCGACGAUUCAGAACAAGCGGCAGACACCAUCACCGAGACUGGCACUGUCCACCCGCUACAGCCCUGACGAGAUGAACAACAGCCCCAACUUGGAAGAGAAGAAGAAGUUCCUGACCAUCUUCAACCUGACCCACAUCAGCGCCGAGAAGAGGAAAGACAAAGAGAGACUUGUUGAAAUGCUCCGUGCCAUGAAGCAGAAGGCACUGUCAGCAGCAAUGGCAGCCUCGUUGACAAACUCUCCGAGGGACAGUCCUGCCGUCUCCCUGAGCGAACCAGCUGCGCAGCAAGCCUCUCCAGAUGCAGAUAAGCCUGUUGCUGUUGCUCCUUCCUUGUCUGACGUCCCAAAGGCCAUGGAGCCUGGGAGACUGGAACAGCUCCGACCUCAGGAGCUCUCAAGAGUGCAGGAGCAAGCUCCUGCCAGCAGUGAGAAUGCCAGGCCAAGUGAGGCCACAGGGGGCAAGAAGAGCCUGAGCAUGCUUCAUUAUAUCCGGGGCGCUGCACCCAAGGACAUUCCUAUGCCACUGUCCCACAGCAUCAACGGGAAGAGCAAGCCAUGGGAGCCCUUUGUGGCAGAAGAGUUUGCACACCAGUUCCAUGAAUCAGUGCUGCAGUCCACCCAGAAGGCCCUGCAGAAGCACAAAGGGAGCGUAGCCAUGCUGUCUGCAGAGCAGAACCACAAGGUUGACACGUCCGUCCACUACAACAUUCCUGAGCUGCAGUCCUCCAGCCGGGUUCCUCUGCCACAGCAUAACGGGCAGCAGGAGCCCCUAGCUGCAAGGAAGGGCCCACCUGCGCAGGAGAUGGACCGGGACGAAGAGGAGGAGGAGGAGGAGGACGGCGAAGAGGAGGAGGAGGAAACCCCCAGGCGCAAGUGGCAAGGGAUUGAGGCAAUUUUUGAAGCUUACCAGGAACACAUAGAAGAGCAAAAUCUGGAGCGGCAGGUGUUACAGACACAGUGCAGACGGCUGGAGGCCCAGCACUAUAGCCUCAGUCUGACUGCAGAGCAGCUCUCCCACAGCAUGGCGGAGUUAAGAAGCCAGAAACAGAAGAUUGUCUCGGAAAGGGAGCGGCUCCAGGCAGAACUGGACCACUUACGGAAGUGCCUUGCCUUGCCUGCAAUGCAUUGGCCUAGGGGUUACUUUAAGGGAUAUCCGAGGUGACGGUUUCCCUUGAACUAGGCUGAACCUAUAGUAUAGAAAUAUUAUCUAUUUUAUUACCUUGAAUAUUUAAUAUUUUUCACUGGGAGGUUUGAAGCUUAAAAAAAAAAGAGAAUGUGCCAUGCAUGAAGCAAAGGAUUCCAGGCUCCAGGAAAAAAACACAACUCAUCUUGACUUCAAUGCAAUUCAGUCACCUUUCAAUGUAGGACACCUGUAGUCUUUCUUUUUUAAAGGCAAUUUUAUUCCUUCUUCCCCUACAUCAUCAUGUUUUAAUCUGAAAAUGAAGGCUCCGUUACCAACACUAAAACUAUCGUUUAUCACCCCCGGUGCAUAUGAUUGGGUCAAACUGGUUGUAUUGUCUCUUGUGUUGCCAUGUUACUAUGCCUCAAGAACCAAGUUUGCUUUUGCCACAGUGAUGGGGUUGGUCUCGUUCCCCCCCAGGAGUGAGAUUUGCUUCAGCUGAAAAGAAGGUUGGGUGCAUUGGAAGUAAAGGGCUUAUUUUGUUCAUGUUUCUGUAAAAUUUUCUUCAAAGCAACAGGUCCUAAGGGCACACAAAGCAACCCCAAAGGCUUUUCUUUGGAAAAGGUCUUACCUAACGAUAAAGUGAAUCCACAAACUGAAGGUACCUUUUUAUUACUCCUUGGGGGGAAAUGUACAGAGCUCUAUGUAUACAUAUAUUCACACCUACCAAAUUGUUACUGCAGUGGGUGGUGUUUUCAUACAAACAUAAAUUGAGAGAAAAGUCAAAGGUGCUUCAGCCUUGUACUGUGUAUAUAUAUAUUAAAAAAAAGUUUUGUAUGUUUUUAUUACUUUAAUUAUUGUUAUAAAAAGCCUGCCAUUUUUAAUAUGUGGUUUGGGGGAUUUUUGUUUGUUUUUCCUGUUUGGGGGUUUUUGUUUUGUUUUCUGGGCAAAAAAACCCUUGCUUUUAGUGUUUGUACUGCUGCUGGUCAGGACAUUAAAAUAAUGAAGUUUUUAAAAAUUAAAGAAGAAAAAGUAAAAGAGCUUA